ACCGCGCGUCGCGAAAGUACGCGCCCGGACUUACGAAAAAAAAAUCUUUCAUUUUUUUGUUUUAAUUGUCUGUGGUUUGUGUUUGUAAACAUGGCGUGCCCUAUGAGAUCUGUGAUCGACGAAUCGGCUGGGCAAGAUGGCGCGUGCCUCGGCAACGAAGCCGGUAUGCUGUACGGCGAAUAUCUCAUGCUGGACCAGCUGCUAACAGCCCAGAGGAUGCUCAGCGCUGAGGGCUCGAAGACGGUCCACGAUGAGCACUUGUUCAUCGUUACCCAUCAAGCAUACGAGCUCUGGUUCAAGCAGAUCAUCUUCGAGGUGGACUCGGUGCGAGCACUGCUGGACGUGGAAGGUCUGGAUGAGGGGCACACCAUGGAGAUACUGAAGCGGCUCAACAGAGUCGUUCUCAUUCUUAAGCUCCUGGUGGACCAGGUGAUGAUCCUGGAGACGAUGACCCCGCUGGACUUCAUGGACUUCAGGCACUAUCUGCGGCCAGCUUCAGGCUUCCAGAGUCUGCAGUUCCGUCUACUAGAGAACAAGCUUGGCCUGAAGCAAGCGCUACGCGUGAAGUACAACCAGAACUAUCAGUCUGUCUUCGGAGACAACCCUGAAGCUAUGGAACAACUACACAAGUCUGAGGAAGAGCCAGCACUGCUAGCGCUGAUCGAGCGCUGGCUGGAGCGCACCCCCGGCCUCGACGCCUACGGGUUCAACUUCUGGGGCAAGUUUCAAGCCACAGUGGACAAUAUGAUUAAGGAGGAUAUCGCUGCUGCUAUGGAAGAACCUAACGAGGUGAUACGUCGUCACCGCUUGCAGGAUGCAGAGAACCGUCGCGAGAUCUACCGCUCCAUCUUCGAUCCCUCUGUACACGACGCUCUACGAUCUCGGGGGGAGAGACGACUGUCCCACAAAGCGCUACAAGGCGCCAUCAUGAUCACGUUCUACCGCGACGAGCCUCGCUUCUCGCAGCCGCACCAGCUGCUGACACUGCUGAUGGACAUGGACAGUCUUAUCACCAAGUGGCGAUACAACCACGUGAUAAUGGUACAGCGUAUGAUAGGGUCGCAACAGCUUGGCACGGGCGGUUCUUCAGGCUACCAGUACCUUCGCUCCACGCUUAGCGACCGCUACAAAGUGUUCCUGGACCUUUUUAACCUGUCCACAUUCUUACUGCCUCGCUCUCUCAUUCCGCCCCUGGACGACGGUAUGAAGCGUAGCCUCAACCUGGCUUGGGGACAGGCUAAUGGGAAUGGAAACGACGACCAAAACGGGCUCGAGGAAUCCUUUAAGUGUUUAUAGGGGUAGCCCUAGUUAAGUAGGUUAAGUU